AUGCUCUUUGGGCUUUUAUUAAAGGACUGUCUGCGUGCUUACCCACGUCUCUGGGCAACCGAUCAAGUCCUCGAGAUACUGGACAUUUCCAAUAACACUUUUUCCCGCCAUCACAACACAACGCCGUGCAUUCAUCGCACCGUCAUGUUGCUUACCAAUAUGAUGAAUUCGACUGAAGAAAUUCUUCUCAAGCUGGCCAUGGCCAUUGCCAAAGAACAUGAUCUGAGCGUUGAGUCAUUGCUCAACCUGGCUGAAACCCUUGAAGCGCUUCAUCUUGACGCUACUGUGCCCUACAUCACAUUCCCCAAUCUUGUCCUCCUGCUAUCAAACACCAGUUAUGAGGUGCCUGGGUGGCUUGCUGCCUCCGAGUCCAGGUUGGAUCAGUACACUGCUAAACAAUUCAACGCGAUUGUCAAGCUUGUCGAAGCUCGCUACUGGCUGGGUGAUGCCGAAAACAUGCUCGAGCAAAUUGAGGCCUGGGAGGUCGUCUUCGGCUACCCACGACACGUUCAUCGGCAAAUGUUGAGCAAGCGUGACGCCAAAGCUCUUGUCGACCUGAAGGGACCUCGCGGCAACUUCUCAUUCACUAUUGGUCUCCCCGAGUAUCACUUUGAGGACUUCCCCGAUUGUUUGAAGGCUCUUCGCGACAUGUACUUUCCGACGGGCAUUGACGAUGCUAUUCCCGCUUUCACCAAGCACUACUGCCGAGCUAAGACCGCCAGCUUCAAACUUCGCAAGUGUGUUGAUCGUCUUGAGAGAGCAGGCGUCGUAAGCCGAACUUGCACCCUUUACGCGAAGUCCCAAAAAAUCUUCAAUGACGACCUUGUCGACAAGACCAUGAGCAUGGCCCAGCGUUGGCACGCGGCUACCAAGAAGCAGAUGGAAUACUACCAACUCCCCGGCGUCAACCUCGGACUUCCCUACGGUCCGUCUGUCUUUGCUGAGUUCGAUGGAAACAGAGCCUUUGUCAUCCAUACUCCUCUUGAUGGCGGCAAUCAGCAUUGGGAUUCUAUUGGUCCGCUGUAUACCCCGAUCCGCUGGCGCCCGGGUACUCCUUGGCUUGAUUACUUUCGAAAUACCCGACAGGAUCAUCCAAUGAUGAGACAUUUCGAUGUUGAAGACUUGCACAAAUGUGCAGGUUUGGGUAAGAACAUUCCACGACCGUAUGAGAUGCGGAUUCCACAGUCGAUUGUCAACAUCUGGCUUCACUACGCCAGAAUGUACGACAGUUACGAGAAUAAUUAUGCUCAGAACGAUGGAUCUCUUGCUGGCCCAGAGAAGACCAAGGACGAGCUUGCUAUCGAGUAUGGUACCGUAUCCAUGUACUUCCCUCACAAUACUCUUCUGGCUGGUCGUCCCCGAUAUGACGCUCUUGGCAACCUGCGCUUCGAUUACAUGGGAGCCAUUUUAAAGGAGUUGAGAACCGGCCAUCCUUCCAGAGACCAUAGAACGACGCAGUCGAUGGCCCUUCUCCGAGCCGAUUGCGAGGAUGACACCGAGAUGGGUCGAGAUUUGGAAGGUUCUCAGUAA